UAUUCUAUACGCAUGCGUCGAGCAGUCAGGAGGCCAUUUUGGAUUCUGUCGGUCGACGACAACCACGAAAAUCCUGAAAAACGAAAAUGCAAGAGAUUGAAAAUUGACUAUUUUAAAAAGCUUCUACAUAUCCAGCUGACUAAGGACAAGGAUGAAUAGCAGCACCACUUCUGAAGGUUGUGAUACACCAUACUUGAACAUGAAUUCUCUCAAUGGACAAUGUGCAAUAGAAAAAACACAAAUGAAUGGCCAAAAUAAUGUUCACAAUGACCAAAAUGUGAUUAAAGAGUCUCCUCCAACACGAAAGGAAGAUUACACCAGUGACAUGGGCAUUUUUAACAGGAAAAAUGGACCACCUUUUGAUGGAACUCCGAUUAACCUGCUGGAUGAUAGGUCUUUUGUGAUUAAUGAUAAAAUGAGAAGUUCAUUCAGGGACAUCAUGAACAAAAUGUCUGAAAAUACUCCAACACUUGGAAAUCUACUCGCUAAAACAAAAUACACGGGAUUGAAUACCAAGGACACAAAAAGUAGUAUUAUCAUAAAUGCACCACCUCCUCCUACUACCACCUCAGCCCCCUCUGUAUCAGGGGGACAGUCUAAAGCUUCUGCUGGGAAUUUAUUUGACAAAAUGCAAGAAAUGCAGAAUUCUACUACGACUAUUGAAAAAACGACAGAGUGCAAUAAAGAUAAUUCAUUAGUAAAUGUGGAAGCAGAAAUAAAAGCUAAAUGUGAUGAGGUAAUAGAACUUGAUGACAGUAUAGAAGAAAAAGAAACUAAAAGUGAUUUUCCAAUACAUUCAAAUGAUCUCAAAGUAGAUGCAAGUGAAAAGAAGUCUGAAAAUGAUUUGUUAGAAAUUACCUCUGAUUCAGAGGAUGAAGAAAAGAAGAAACUUAAUGAGGAAGCUAGGAAUGAGAAUGAUAUGAAACCAGAGGAGGAAGAUAAACUUUUGGCUUCAGAUGAAGACACUCAACAGUCAGGGGUAUCUGUCAAGAGUAAUCAGUCUCAGGAAUCUAUCAGUAAAGAUUCUCAGGACUCUGUGAACUGUGAUAAAAAUUUAGUCAGUGAGAAUGGAAAGGAUGUUGAAGAUGCAUCUGAAAAAAUGGAAGUUGAGGAGGAAGAUGAGGAAGAGAGUGCAAGUGAAAGUGAAAGUAGUAGUUCCGAAAAGAAACAAAAAAGUGAAGUCAGUGAAAAUACUACCACUAGUGAGGACAGCAAGUCAUCUGAAGACAGCAACAAUUUAGAUUCUAAGGAUGUCCACGAGGAGAAAGAGGUUAAUGAUAAAAAGAGACCAGCAGACUUCAGUGAUGCACUCCCCUACGAACCCAAACGUUCCAGACUGGAUAUGGUGAUCGGGAAGCUGGGAUCUCAGAUUGGGAUAGCCCCUGAAAGUCUGAAAGAUGAGGAAAUGUCUGACACUGAUACAGCAAACGAAUCAACCCCAACUCCUACAGAGGAUACCGAGGAUGAAGAUGAAGAGCUUCAUAGAAAGAAGAAGAAACCACCUGUUAGACUCUCAGAAAAGGUACUAGAGAAGAUGGUUAAAACAAAAGUACUAAACCACCUUAAAAACCAAAAAGAAGGAUUGGUAGCAGAACUUCAGCAAAAAGUAGAGGAGUUACAAGCUUCUAAUGAUAUGUGGAAGCAAAGAGUCAAAGACCUUGAGAAGCAAAUUCUAGAAGUUACGGUACUCCAGCAGAAACACGAAAAGCGUAAAGCAAAAACUGCAGCUCUAAGACAAAUCACUACAAAGAGUGUGGGAGUUCAGGUUGAUUCACAGAAGGCAGCAGCUAUAGUUCAAAUACAACAAACACAACAGACCACUCCAGUGAAGUCUCCAUCUUCCAAACCUGUCACUAAAACUGCCACAACAAAUUGUACAACUCCACCCACCUCUACCUCAAAGCCAGGCCCCACUCUCACCAUCUCCAAGUUUACACCAUCCUCCCCUCAGCUGGCUCCACCUAAGUCCACUCUCAAUCCAGUUACAAACAUUCCAGUGCUCAAAAGCCAGACCCCAACACAAAUGCAGACAACACUCAGUAGUCAGUCCACGCCCACCGUGGCACUUCCUUCAACAGCAGAUGGAAAUAAAGGACCAUUUCCAUCCAACCAGACAGUUAAGACAAUCUUGGAUAACACUCGGGGUUCACUCCAACAAAGUCCAGGAAACCAGACUGUUAAAAAUAUUUUGGAUAGCAGUCGUGGAUUGGUUUCACAGCCUAUCAGUAAUUCUCGAGUUAGACCUGUUCGAGCUGUUACCCCAGGAGUACAGUCAACCACCUUACUCUCUCCAACUAUUGCGCCCAAUCAGAUGACAUCAUAUAUCGUAGUUCCAACACCAGCCCCAUUACCCAAUACAAAGCCAAAUGUUACAGUUGUCUCAGCACCAGUUGUGAACCAACCAACUCUUACCAGUCAGCAACAAGCUCAACUGAAUCAACAAGUGCAGCCGAAGUCUGUUAAAGUAAUUGAUCUCACCAUGGAAGAAGAGGCCAACAGAAACCUGGCUAACAGGGGAGUUGCAAUAUCCAUGUCCCAAAGUCAAGUUCUUGUUCCAACAGGAACAGGAUUGCCACAGGGUCUGAUCCUGUCAAAUCCUGCAGGUUCUUCAAUUAUAAGAAAUGGACAACAACAACCAGCAUAUCAGUUUGUCUUCAGCUCAACCAGCAAAGCAUUACCUCAGGGCAGUAUUCUCACACUUGCCACCCCUAUUCCCAGUCCAGGAAUGAGACCUGCUGUAGCAGGAACAUCCAUGGUUGCUGCUACAUCGUCAGCUAUUACAGCAAUGCCUCAGCUUAGACCAGGUCAAGCCACCACAACUCCUCCUAGCUCCAAACAAUCAGCAUCUGUGGCAGCUCCAGUUCAACAAAGACCACCUCCACCUUUACAGUAUGGAGCUCAAAGUACAAAUAGGAUGGCAAACACAUCUCUUAGCACCGUGGCACCCCCUCCUCUUUCUGCUCAACACCCAGCACCGUUACCUCCCGUUACAUCAGUGGUGACUUCAGGUCAGAAACCAUUACCUCCAAAACCCAGUCUGAAGAUCUCCAGGGUCAGCCAGGGUAUAGUGCUGUCAUGGAAUAUGACCUUAAAUGAGACACCUCAUGCCGACAUAGCAUCGUAUCAGCUGUUCGCGUAUCAGGAGGGUAAUACGCCACCAAGCACAGCUCUGUGGAAAAAGGUGGGAGAUGUUAAAGCAUUGCCCUUACCAAUGGCAUGUACUUUGACACAGUUUCAAGAGGGGAACAAAUAUCAUUUUGCUGUACGUCCAGUGGAUGUUCUUGGCCGUAAUGGUCAUUUCAGCGACCCUAAUUCCAUACAUCUGUUACCAAACAAGAAAGAUUGAUGACUUGUAUACUCUAGCAGAUUUUCCUCAAUAUUACCAAAGCAGGUCAUCAAAUGGCUGGGAACAAACCGAAGAGUCAUUUUAUCCAUGAAGAUUUAUCAUAUCAUUAUCAACUCUUGAGCAGGAUUCUAAAUUAAAUUAUUUCUGCAUCAGAAAUGGCCAAGUACAUUGCAGUAUCUCAUUGCAAUUAUUGUUUUUAUACUGAAACCAAAUUUAUGUAUAUAUGUAAUGCCACUGUGUGUGUAUACACUGUAUAUAUAUAUAUAUAUAUAUAUAUAUAGUAGUUAUAUUUUAAUGGUAUACAAUAUAUGUAGGGUAAGUGUGAAUCAAGUUUAAUGUGUUAUUUAUUUCAAGAUAAAAUGUCGGAUCUUGAUGAAGUAUUCUCAGUUUUGAAAGUGGUAAACUGGAUAUUUAUUGAGUGCCUUUAAUAGUUCAGCCAUUCAUUGAGAGUAUAUAGGCAUUGAAUUGAAGUUUUCUUUUUAUAUACACAGAUCUUGUUUUUAUGGCUAUUUAGGUGAUCUGGAUCAUUCAGUGCUAACUGAAGGUCCUGAGAUAUGAUUUUUUUUCUUUUAUAUUUUGUUUUACUUAAGUUUGAAUUGAUUUUGUUCCGUUUUCUUGUCUUAAACAAUAUUAGGUAUCGGUUAGCUGGUACUUAAAAAGAUCAACAUGCGUAAACACAGGAUAAGACACAUUAUCUUUGAUUCUGGUGAGCCAGUGUAGUUAAUUGUUGUCAUUUUACAAAUUUUAAGUGUUGAGUGUUUUAAUGUUACAGAUAUGGCUGGAAUAAUGGGACUCUUUUUUUUUUAUUUUCGUCUGUUUUAUGUUUUGCACUGUGAAAUUAAAUUUAUGAAACUUUG